CUCCUCGUCCACCACCGCUGCCACCUAGAGUGCGGAGCCGGGAGGCGCGCGCACUGCGGCUGGAGACCCCGGGCCUGAGCGCCGCGAAAUCCAAUAUGAAAAUCCUGGUCGUUUUAGCCGUCUUUUUUCUGGUCUCCACACAACUGUUUGCAGAAGAAAUCGGUGCCAACGAUGAUCUAAAUUACUGGUCCGACUGGUCGGACAGUGACCAGAUCAAGGAGGAGCUGCCGGAGCCCUUUGAGCAUCUGCUGCAGAGGAUUGCCCGGAGACCCAAGCCUCAGCAGUUCUUUGGACUAAUGGGCAAACGGGAAGCUGAUUCCUCAAUUGAAAAACAAGUGGCCCUGUUAAAGGCUCUUUAUGGACAUGGCCAGAUCUCUCACAAAAGGCAUAAAACAGAUUCCUUUGUUGGACUAAUGGGCAAAAGAGCUUUAAAUUCUGUGGCUUAUGAAAGGAGUGCGAUGCAGAACUACGAAAGAAGACGUAAAUAAACUACCUAACAUGUUAUUUAUUCAGCUUCAUUUGUGUCAGUGGGCAAUUAAAGGUAAAAUAAAACAUGCACUAUGAUGAAUAAUUAUUUAUUUAAAAACAAUUAUUGUUAUGAGUUUAAAACUCAGAAAAAGUGUUUAUUUUUCAUAUUGUGCCAACAUGUGCCGUGAACACGUGUUAGAAUGCUAAUAUGACUCCCUCCGAAGUAGAAAUAAAUGGCGAUUUCCUAAGAAAGCACAGUUUUCAAUGAAAUUGUAAAAGCCUGGUCUCCAAAGGAAAAAAUCAGAGAUCUGAAGCAGUCAUGACUGCUGCUGUAAAAAGCGCAGAACUGCCUGUGCAGAUUUGCGUUUCUUGCUGGUCUUCAGGAUGGGAAUGCACUGAGAUUUUGGUACCCAGUGGAAUUUGUAUCUCUGUGGCAUGUUUCAUGUUUCGUGCCUAUAGAAAGCUGUUUUAAAGGUUUAAUGUGAU